CACUAUUGACUGCAGAGCUGCAGCCUCUGCAUUGGUUGGAUCUUAAAUAAGGAAGUGGGGAGCUAGUCUCAGACUUAACAGAGAUGAUUGAGGAGAUGAGUGUGGAGAUGAGUGAGAUGAGUGUGGAGAUGAAUGAGGAGAUGAGUGAGCUACCAUAUCUUCCACCUGAAGUUUGGCUCUUGGUGUUCAGGUACCUGAACACAAAGCAAAAGCACACAGUCCGCCUCUGCUGCAAAGGCUUCAGAGUUCUCAUUGAUCACCCAUUCCUAUGGAAGGACUACACGGUGGUGCUCACCAACCUCUUACGCUACCCAUCUAACUUCUGGGACACACUACAGUACCGCAGGGUCACCCGCGCUGUAGUACAGCAUCUAUGGCCUAAAGAUUGGCAAGUCCUCGUCAAGACCCUCCCAUCGCUCACCACCAUAGUCUGUGUGAAGGAACGACGGCGGUGCAACACUGUAUACUUGGAAGACCUGUCUGACUUCCCGGACCUGAGGAAGCUCGGGGUACGAAAUGCCACCUGGGGCGAGCCGAUGCUGGUGCAGUGUAAGAAUAAGCAUCUAGCGGCGCAGCUGACUCACCUGAGCGUGUGCAACGUCCAGCUGUUCAACACGGCCGAGUUCAUCGACUCUGUGUCGCACAUGGUCAACCUGGAGUACUUGCUGUUCCACCAGCAGGAUGCUAUGGAGCAUGGGAGGGGGAGGCCGGUGCCUUGUGACGUCUUCCACAAGCUGCUGCUGAGCUUGAAGAAGCUCAAACAUUUAUCCUGGGGGAUGAAAGGGGAACCUACACUGCCGCUGCCCGAUGACUAUUUCUUCCCAGAGGACCCAGAGAAACCAGGGGCGUACGGUGGCCCAGCACUGACUACUCUGGAGCUGUCGAACUACACAGAAAUGAUCCUGACAGAGAACACGCUGAGGGGUCUGACUUCGCUCAAGUCGCUCUCCAUCCAUUACCGGUACCUGUGGGAUGGUACUCAGUGCCAUCUGCGGUCCUGGGUGAAUCAUGUGCCACAGCUGGACUCACUCACAAUCAUUGGAGGAAAUUUUCUUGGCUCUCAUACGAUCAAUUUCCCACCGCGGAUGACCAGGCUGACACUGCGAACAUCCGUCUGUAUGUGCCAGCUGACCUGCAUUGCAUCUAAACUCAAGCUAGUUGAGUACCUCGACAUAGAUCAGAACCGCUUAGCUGGCACUCUCUGCAAACAGCUCCCUAUCCUGUUUCCUCAGCUCAAGACUCUCAGGAUACGCUUUUGCCGUGAGGAACCAAAGAGAGAGCUGCUGUUCCUGAACGGGCUGCGACACCUGGAGCAGCUGGAGCUGAUCAUGGGAUGCUCAAACAGUGGUCAAAAUCACUGUCUCCGCAAGCCCUGGCCGAGUUCAGCUUUGCAGGGACUGAUCAGAGAGCUGCAGCACCUGUCCAAGAACAGGUUCCGAAUCAUGACCAAGAUGCAGCAAAGGGACAUUCUGAAAAUGUGCGACUGUGUGUGCGACGGAUUCUGA